AUGAUGGCGGCUCUGUACCCGAGCACGGAUCUCUCGGGCGCCUCCUCCUCCUCCCUUCCUUCCUCCCCAUCCUCCUCUUCGUCGCCGAACGAGGUGAUGGCGCUGAAGGAUGUGCGGGAGGUGAAGGAGGAGAACACCCUGAAUGAGAAGCUUUUCUUGCUGGCGUGCGACAAGGGUGACUAUUAUAUGGUUAAAAAGAUUUUGGAGGAAAACAGUUCAGGUGACUUGAACAUAAAUUGCGUAGAUGUGCUUGGGAGAAAUGCUGUUACCAUAACUAUUGAAAACGAAAACUUGGAUAUACUGCAGCUUCUUUUGGACUACGGUUGUCAGUCCGCAGAUGCACUUUUGGUGGCAAUCGACUCUGAAGUAGUGGGAGCUGUUGAUAUACUACUUAAUCAUCGACCAAAACGAUCAUCAAGACCAACUAUAGUAAAACUAAUGGAGCGAAUUCAGAAUCCUGAGUAUUCAACAACUAUGGAUGUUGCACCUGUCAUUUUAGCUGCUCAUCGUAACAACUAUGAAAUUCUUACAAUGCUGUUAAAACAGGAUGUAUCUCUACCCAAGCCCCAUGCAGUUGGCUGUGAAUGCACAUUGUGUUCUGCAAAGAACAAAAAGGACAGUCUCCGACAUUCCAGGUUUCGUCUUGAUAUAUAUCGCUGUUUGGCCAGUCCAGCUCUAAUAAUGUUAACAGAGGAGGAUCCAAUUCUGAGAGCAUUUGAACUUAGUGCUGAUUUAAAAGAAUUAAGCCUUGUGGAGGUGGAAUUCAGGAAUGAUUAUGAGGAGCUAGCCCGACAAUGUAAGAUGUUUGCUAAAGAUUUGCUUGCACAAGCCCGGAAUUCACGAGAAUUGGAAGUUAUCCUAAACCAUACAUCUAGUGAUGAGCCUCUUGACAAACGGGGAUUACUAGAAGAAAGAAUGAAUUUAAGUCGUCUAAAACUUGCUAUCAAAUAUAACCAAAAGGAGUUUGUCUCACAGUCUAACUGCCAGCAGUUCCUGAACACUGUUUGGUUUGGGCAGAUGUCAGGUUACCGACGUAAGCCCACCUGUAAGAAGAUAAUGACUGUUUUGACAGUUGGCAUCUUUUGGCCAGUUUUGUCACUUUGUUAUUUGAUAGCUCCCAAAUCUCAGUUUGGCAGAAUCAUUCACACUCCUUUUAUGAAAUUUAUUAUUCAUGGAGCAUCAUAUUUCACAUUCCUGCUGUUAUUAAACCUCUACUCUCUUGUCUACAAUGAGGAUAAGAAAAACACAAUGGGGCCAGCGCUUGAAAGAAUAGACUAUCUACUUAUACUGUGGAUUAUUGGGAUGAUUUGGUCAGACAUUAAAAGACUCUGGUAUGAAGGGUUGGAAGACUUUUUGGAAGAAUCCCGUAAUCAACUCAGUUUUGUCAUGAAUUCACUUUAUUUGGCAACUUUUGCCCUCAAAGUGGUUGCUCACAACAAGUUUCAUGAUUUUGCUGACCGGAAGGACUGGGACGCAUUCCAUCCUACUCUGGUGGCGGAAGGGCUUUUUGCAUUUGCAAAUGUUCUAAGUUAUCUUCGUCUCUUUUUUAUGUAUACAACAAGCUCCAUAUUGGGUCCAUUACAGAUUUCAAUGGGACAGAUGUUACAAGAUUUUGGAAAGUUUCUUGGGAUGUUCCUUCUUGUUUUGUUUUCUUUCACAAUUGGACUGACACAACUGUACGAUAAAGGCUAUACCCCAAAAGAACAGAAGGACUGUGUAGGCAUCUUCUGUGAACAGCAAAGCAAUGAUACCUUCCAUUCGUUCAUUGGCACUUGCUUUGCUUUGUUCUGGUAUAUUUUCUCCUUAGCACAUGUGGCAAUCUUUGUCACAAGAUUUAGUUAUGGAGAAGAAUUGCAGUCCUUUGUUGGAGCUGUUAUUGUUGGGACAUACAAUGUUGUGGUUGUGAUCGUGCUUACCAAGCUGCUGGUGGCAAUGCUUCAUAAAAGCUUCCAGUUGAUAGCAAAUCAUGAAGACAAAGAAUGGAAGUUCGCUCGAGCAAAGUUAUGGCUUAGCUACUUUGAUGACAAAUGUACAUUACCCCCACCUUUCAACAUCAUUCCUUCACCAAAGACUAUUUGCUAUAUGAUUAGUAGCCUCAGUAAGUGGAUUUGCUCUCAUACAUCAAAAGGCAAGGUUAAACGGCAAAACAGUUUGAAGGAAUGGAGAAAUCUGAAACAAAAGAGGGAUGAGAACUACCAAAAAGUGAUGUGCUGCUUGGUGCAUCGUUACCUGACGUCCAUGAGGCAGAAGAUGCAAAGUACAGAUCAGGCAACCGUGGAAAACCUAAAUGAACUACGCCAGGAUCUGUCAAAAUUCCGAAAUGAAAUAAGGGAUUUACUUGGCUUUCGGACUUCUAAAUAUGCUAUGUUUUAUCCAAGAAAUUAACCAUUUUCUAAACCAUGGAGAGAAUAAUUUUCAGUAAUAAUUCUAGAAGACUGCAUUUGCAUAAUUUGUGACUAAAUAAGAUAUCUAUUGAAAUUAACAUGGAGAAUUAUGUAAAAGCCAUUCUUUAAAAUAUUUAUAGCAUAAAUAUAUUAUGUAAAAUAUGUAUAUAGAAUUAGUUUUUUUAAAUCCUCUGUUAGCUUUUUGCAGGAGCAAAACAGAUUAAGUAGAUAGGUUUUGUUAGCAUGCUGCUUGGUUUUCUUACUUGAACAGUGCUUUAAAUUUUUUUCUUUUUAUGUUUAAGAAGGGCAAUUAUAAUUGUACACAUUGCCAGAAGGUUUUGUAAAAUGAAGAUCAGCAAAUGUGGGCUGAUCUCCAUCCAUAGGACACACCUGAAAUGGAGUAAGUCAUGGUUUUUAAGAUCUGUUUUAGGAGUUCACAUGUAGUUCAGUAUUUAUUGUUCAGGAGUAUAGUUUUAUCUAAAAUAAUAGUCUAUUUUUUUUAUUUUGUUAUAAUCUUACGUAACAAAGAAAAGCCCCUAA